UAUUUGUUCAUUUUCGCAUGUUUUACUGUGCGCAAUACGUUUCCUGUAUGAUUGAAAAACUGAAAUGAGAAAGUGACAGAUUGAGAUUCGAUUUAUUUGAGAAUGAAGAUACUUGGAUUGAUUUUAACAUCAUCCAAACACUUCAGGUCACACCCAGCCUUUAACAAGAGAAGUUUUCAGACAUUAGUGUCCUCGGCAUGGUUAAGAAACCAGUUGUCAGGCUCCCAGGAACUGAGCUCUGAGCUGAGAUUAUUAGAUGCUUCCUGGCAGUCCAAUGGACAGGGAUACGAGCAACUCUAUAAACAGGCACAUAUUCCACAUGCAGUGUAUUUUGACCUGUAUAAAUGUUGCACUGGUACAAAAGAGAUUCCUCUGAACCUCCCAGAACCAGAGUGCUGGACAAAGUAUGUACAAUCAUUAGGGGUAUCUAAAGACACUCAUGUAGUGGUUUAUGAUGGACAAAACAUGCGGCUGGCAUUUAGAACCUGGUGGCUCUUCAGGCUGUACGGUCAUGAGAAUGUUUCUGUGUUAGAUGGAGGUCUAAUAAGAUGGGCAGAAGAUGGCUAUGAAAUCACGGUAGAGGAACCAAAUGUCCAGAAGCCUGGUAAUUUCCAGUGCAAUCUGAAUAAAAGUUUAAUGAGGACAUAUGAGGACAUGCAGAGGAAUGUGAAGACAAAAUCAGAGCAGGUGGUGGACGUUAGGGAGGCCAAAGCUUUCGAGGGGGACUUAGGGGACACACCAGAAUCUAGAAAUGGACACAUCCCUGGAAGUCUGAACAUCCCAUACAGUCUCUUCUUCAAUGAGGAUAUGACUUUUAAGUCAAAGGACGAGUUACAGGACUUGUUUGAGGAUGCAGGAUUGGAUCUAGAUAAACCCAUUGUAUCCAGUUGCUUUCUCGGAUUAACCGGAUGUGCAGUAAAUGUCGCUACCCACAUGUUUGGGAAGAAGAAUACAGCUUUAUAUUACGGCUCCUGGAAUGAAUGGCGACUUCGAGCUAAUGCUAGUGAAUGUGAAACAGGACCAUCACGCCGUAAAGGAUGAUUGUCUGGCAAUACGCACUAAUCAACUAGCAAUAUAUACCUAAUUAAUUCAUUAAUGAUUGUCUACAAUAUCCUUGUGAUUUUUUAAAUGAAAUCUUUGAAAAAGAUAUUUGCCAUGUUUAUUACAAAGUUGCUCAUAUAAAUCAUAGAAUUAUAUGAAUCAGUUAAGUAUUAAAUGUUAUAAUUAUUGCUUUGUUUAACAUGUAAUGGAUACUUAUAUUUGCAAUAUUUUAUUUUGAUUGAAGUGUUUGUUGUUUGCAUGUACAUGAAUAAAAUAGUUAAAUUAGA